AUGGAAACGUCCGGCUCUAAGGGAGAGGUGAAAACGGAGCGGUGCAAUGAGGCGGAAGCGUCAGCGGUGAUAGAAGCCGCAGGAGCCGCGGCGACUGAUGGUACAGAAUUUACGGCGAAAGUUGCAGGAGACGCACCGAUUGAAGCUACAGCAGCCGUGGCGAGUAAAUUCGCAGGAGACGCGGCGAUUGAAGCAGCAGAAAAAGCGGAAAUCAAAGUCGAAAGUGGGCCGGUUGACGAUGUGGAGAGACGAGUGGAAGAAACGUCAGUUCCGGCUGGUGAAGCGAGCGAGGAUGUGAAGAUGGAAGACGUAAACGUCGCGGGCCACGGCAGCAACGAUGCGACUGAUGUCAGCAACCUUGCGACUGAGGCCAGCCAAGGUGCAACUGACGGCAGCAACGACGCGAACAAGGAUGACGGCACUGGCGAUGUCGGCGCUGCGAGCGACAAGGAUGGCGACACUGCGAAGGAUGACGCCGAGGCGAGGUCUGCAAAUCCCGCAAUGGAUGACGACAGCGCCGCUAAUUGCAGCUCCCCUCGGGCGACGUCACCAAGGGCUAACGACGCUUCGGCGAUGUCGCCUCCUAGAGACCCCGCAGUCGCCGCGCUAGGCGUUGAGACCAACGGCGACACGCCUCCGCCGUCAAAGCCUGGUGCCGGCACGCCGAGCUUCUCCGUGGGGACGCCGUCAGUUGCGGCGGAUACUCCGCGGCAGAAGAAUAUUAGUCCGGACAGCCAGUCCAGCCUGGUCGAUCCAGGCCUGGUCGCAGAUGAGAACGCGGCGCCGUUCACCAUCAGCCAAUGGCAGCAGCUGGAGCAGCAAGCGCUCAUUUUCAAGUACCUCGUCUCCGGCGCCGCCGUCCCUCCUGAACUCAUCGACUCGCUCUAUUCCACCUCGGACUCGCCUCGCCAAUCACCCGACGGCCCUGCGUCGUGGGCCACGCCGCUCAAGGACGCGGAGCCCCUCAGGUGCCGCCGCACCGACGGCAAGAAGUGGCGGUGCUCGCGAGAGGCGGUGACGGACCAGAAGUACUGCGAGCGCCACAUGCACCGCGGCCGAAACCGGCUGGGCAAAUCGCGAAGGCUCAGCGACAAGGCGACGGCCGGAUCGUCGCUGUCCAUCCAGGCCGCAUCGUCCGAGGGGCCCAUGGGGUGCGUGGAGGGCACGUGCUCCGCCAUGACUGACACGUGCACCGACACGCCCUGCCACAAGGGCCUCGUGCCGAAGUUCGAGCUCGGUUCGGUGUCGAAGAUGGAAAUAGGCUCGGUGUCGAAGCUGCGGUUGAACACGGACGAUGUGGGCUCGACUGUUACCCGCGGGUCCCCUCCGCCUCCGCUUGCGCUGCCCCCGCCCGCGCAGCCUGUCGGCGCGGACCAGGCGCGCACUCCCGCCUCCAAGACCUCGGGCCUUGGUUGCUCCAAGCAACUCGCCAUCGAGCUGUCCCCGGAGAACACGGGAUCACCCGUCCCGACCAACCAACAGCCCCACGACCCUGCGUGCACCCCGUCCGCUACUGCUGCUCCCGCCGCCUCUGCCAGCGCAGUCACUGGCUCCGAUACCGCUGCAGCCCCGCCGUCCCGUGCCAUGUUCACCCCGUUCGGCCUCCCUGAGCCCACGCCCGCUCCUUCCACUUCCUCCGCGCCUCCCCCUGAAGCCGCAUCCAACAGUAAGUUGCUCGUCUCUGGCGGCUCAGACUGUUACAACCCUCAGCAGCCGCAGCAGCAGCAGCAGCAGCAGCAGCAGCAGCAGCCCUUUGAGCAGCAGCAGCAGCAGCAGCCCUUUGAGCAGCAGCAGCACUUCGGGGCGGACCCGCGGCUGCAGAAGUCGCAGUCAAUGCCGUGCCACAGCAGCGGCAGCAGCAACGGCCGGAUUCAGCUGCAGCUGAACGGCUCUCUGGGCCCUCGCCUCACCUCCACCUUCCAACCCGGGCACAGCAUAGUGGAAGGCGACGAAGGCAGCCCCGCCCCCAUGCCUCCGCAGCAGCCACAGCAGCAGCAUGCGCUGAUGCCCUCGCGAUCCAUGCCGCCCCGCCAACAGCAGUCAGGUGCGUCAAACGCCCUGUACUCUCAGCAGCAACAGCCUGCCGGGCGCAUGGGCUCGCCGCCUCGCAUGCAGCGGUCCACGUCGCUGGUGCUGGGCGGCGGGCAGCGGCUGUGUCUGCAGGUGCCGCCCAGCGGUAACUCACGGACGCCCGUCUCCUCCAGCGGAAUGGCGCCUGCUGGUGCCGCUGCUGGUGCUGACACUGCUGGCGCUGGUGGUGGUAACGGCGUGGGGCAGCUCCAGCCGGGGCACUACCAGCUGCAGACGGGCGGACGAGGUCCCAAUGGCGCUCCACAGCAGCAGCAAGGUAUGGACCAGGCGGGGCAACCACAGCCCCAGCAGACGCCAUACACCCCUCAGCAGGGGCAGUCGAGGCAGGGCGCGGCGCAGAGAGGCGAGGCGUGCAAGUUCAGCUCGCGCGCCCUGGUGCUCAGCGGCGAGCCUGAGUCCCCUGAAACCCACCCUCUCGUCUCCGCCCGCUCUGCUUAUUCUGACGGGGCACCCAAGGCCCAGCAGCCACUGCAGCAGCAGCAGAUGCGGGUGCAGCCAGUCCAAGGGCAGCAGCAACCCAUGAACGUGCAGCAUCAGGCGCAGCCGCAGCCACAGCAUCAGCCUCAGCCGCAAGUGUCUGUGCAGCAAGCGCCGCUGCAGCAAGCGUCGGUGAUGCAGCCACAGCCAAUGCAAACCACAGCCAUGUCCGGUCCCCCUCAGCCAAUGCGAGCCCCGCGUGGAUCCAUGCUGCCUCCCCCUCCCCCCAAUGUCCAGCCGCCUCUCCAGCAGCAACAGCCGCACUCCCAAACCCUCCCCAUGCCCCUCGGGGGACUCGCCUCUUCCAGCAGCACCACCAGCAGCACCAGCAGCGGUGGGGGCGUGAAGGUGCCUCUGCUGCGCCUGCCCAGCCUCGUCCAGAGGCCGCCCGCCCACCCGUCCCCCUUGGGCCCGCCUCCCUCCAGCCUCAGCAGCCACGGUUCUGGUCUGUCGGCAUCCAGUAUGGCAUCUCCAAUUGGCACCCCCGUGGGCACCCCUAUGGGCGCGCCUCACAGCAACCCCUACGUGCUCACGCGCUGCAGCUCCGUGCCUGAGCCCAGGCAUGGGCGGCCGCACCUCAUGCGCUCCCAGUCCAUGUUUGAGUCGCCCCGGAAGAGCUUCAUUCAUCCUCCCUCUGCCUGUGCUGACGACCGGCAGCAGCAGCAGCAGCCACCACAGCAGCAGCAGUCUGGACUCUCCAUCGACAUGUUUUUUAGUGACGACAGUCCAUGGGAGGAGGCAUCAGCCUUGAUUGGCCGCUCACCCAAUCUGGGUCCGCUGCCGUGUGUGGAAGACGCUGACGACUGCGGCCUCAUCAGCGGGCCGCCCUCACAGUACUUCUCUGUCAACCCUUCCGACUCCCAGGAUGCCUUCCUGGCCGCCUGA